ACCAUUGUAUCAAUCUUUUCCUGUACACCUCGUACCCCUUCGACCUCGCUCGCGACCGUUCGUUUCUUCGGGCGGCAACCGAAGCGGGGGCAUCACGGGCACCAGUGGGGGCGAGAGCAUCGGCGAGGGCGGGCAGCCGAAUUGGAGCCGCGACGCUGAGACCAGAAGGAUGGUUGCGACGCUGCGGCCAGAAGGGGCUCCUCCCCCUGUUUAUGAUGAUCGUAGAGAUGAAUUCACACUAGACAUUCACCAUGGUGGAUUUUUUGUUGGUUCUGGAAAUGUGAAAUCAUACGUGGAUGAAAGGGUUUGUUGGUUUGAUAGUAUAGAGGCAGAUACAUGGUCUCCUUUGUGGUUUCCAGACUUUGCAGAGCAGUUGGGUUACCAGAACAAUAUGAGCUUAAAGAUAUAUUGGCUACUACCAGGAAAAACAUUAGUAGAUGGUCUUCGUCUUAUACUUUCAGAUGCAGACACCAAUGUAAUGGCAAAAUGUGCAGAGGAUGUGAAAAAUCUGGUAGUAUAUUUUGAUCAUGAGGACUUGUAUAAUGAUGUCAAUUGGGAUGAUGUUGUUGCAAACUCUGAACUACCAAAAGGUCAUCAGCCCAUACAAAGUGCAGUUUGCAGAAAACAAUCCUACACAAAAGUUGCCUAUUUUCUACACAAAUUUGAAGAACGUUAGAGUGGAUCAAGUUGUUGACAAUGAAACUGAGGCUGCGUUCGGUAGCUCCAUUAGUUACCUUAUCUUUCUCGUUUUUCACGCACACGCUUU